AUGACGGUCCAGAACUACCUGCUCGCACAAUUGGUUGUGCGACGUGGCCUGAUUUCAUCUCCUGUUCCUGGGUACUUUGCGCGCCUGCUGCCUUCCUUGGAUUUUCAGAACUUUAAUUCCCACCCCUCACUAGCGCACAACGACUACAAGGGAGUUUUCUGGCCCAAGUCGAGAGCUAGGACGAUAGCAGAAAAAGAAGCAAACUUGGUCGAUAGGUGCACGACAUUUUACAAGAACAGCAAGUACAUCCUAUUGGAUAAGCACCUCACCGACUUCGCCAAUACCGCCAUCAAUCGGCCAGACAUGAAGGAUGAGCAUGAUGUCUUCAAUGGCAUUGGCAGGACAGACAGGGCAUAA